AUGGCCGCAACACCCUCCGCGCCGUCGCCGGCCGCCACGACCUCGAGCACCGACUCGAAGCUCGAGGUCUGGAAAGAGACCCUAUACGAUGCCUUUCAGAAGGCCGGUGAUGAGAACCACCUCUUCACCCAGUACGACAUUCUCGAUUUCGAGGUGAUUCCCAACCGCGACACCGUCACCCUACUCAAGGUCCUGCAGAGCCUCACCAAUGACCGCCUCCUCAUCGCCGUCUCGUCGCAGACGGGAUUGGCCUGGCGCUGGCGCUCAGUCGAAGAUGCGGAAAAGUACAAGCUAUGCUCGACGGACGAACAACGCAUGGUCUACGGCGCGAUUGACGAAGCAGGUGGCGACGGCAUCUGGUCCAAGACGAUCCAACACCGCCUCAACAUGCACGACUCGGUCCUCAAGACGGCCCUCAAGCAACUGCAAGGCAAAGGCCUCAUUGCCCCCUUCAAGAAUGUCGAACACCCCAACAAGCGCAUGUUCAUCAAGGCCUCCAUGCGGCCCUCGGAGCGCGCCACCGGCGGUCCCUGGUUCACCGAUUCCGCCCUCGACGAGGCCUUCAUCGAGGAGCUGCAGCGUGUAAUCUUUGACCAGAUCAGGCGGAAGAGCACCUACCACAGCACUGGCACCUCCGUCAGGACGGCCGUGCCCAAGAAGGGCGUCCUCAAGGGCGGACUGGACCACAAGGCGAAGAAGAGGCCCGCGGGAGAGAUAUCCGGCGAGGAUGACAAGGCCGCCGUGACCGCGGUGCCGCCACCCAAGCGCGAGCCAGCCUGUCUACCCCUGCCCGCUGGAUUCAAAGAGUACCCUACCGUCCGCGAGAUUGCGCGCUUCAUCUCCCAGGCGGGCAUUACUUCUGACACGAUCCUGGGAGAGGAAGACGUGCAGAAGCUCAUUGACGUGCUCGUCUUUGAUGGCCUCAUCGAGCCGAUUCGGGUCGCGGGUCGACUGGGGUACAGAGUGUGCCGCGCACCCCGACAGAGCACGGCGGGCUGGGCGGGGCGGCAGGAGGGCGGUCCGGACGAGGGAGGCCCCGAGCCGUUUGUCAAUGGCUACACCGAGGCUCCCUGUGGAAGAUGUCCCGUGUUUGACCUCUGCGAGGAGGGUGGACCGGUGAGCGCGAGCAAUUGCGUCUACUUCCAGCGGUGGCUGGGGUUGGAAUGA